CCUCCCGGAAGAAACCACUGUGGAAGUUACUAAAUGAAGAGAUAACCGCUGAUUGAAAUGGCGUCAGUCACGGUGCGCCGCUGGGCUCUCUGUACCGCGGCUCUGCUUAACUUUGCGUUUGUCUUCAUAUCCGGUGCAGACUUCAUUCGCUUUUUAUCAUUUAGAGCCAUUUACCACAACAUCACCGGGGAGACGACGCUGUGUCAAGACUCUAUACCGUGGUCAGUGGCCCUGCAGGACAGCUCUGUCCUCAGGUCUCUUGUGGUGGAUCUGGGGCUGCUGGCUCUCUUCACCACGCAGCACAGCCUGCUCGCCUGGUCACCUGUUAAACAGGCCCUUCAGUCAGUGCUGGGGGCCCUGAACAGGACGGCAUACUGCUUCGCUACCGCACUGGCACUCCAGAUCUUGAUGCAUUACUGGCAGCCUGUGACUGGCGCCCCCUGUCUGUGGUCAGUGCGCCAUGCACCCUGGAGUGUCUGGUUCCCUCUGCUCUGCUUCUCUCUGCACUUCUUCUGCUGGGCUAUCAUCUGCAGCAUCCUCAUGAUCUUUGAUUACCCAGAGCUGCUGGGCAUCAAGCAGGUGUAUUACGAGUGUCUCGGUUUAGGGGACCCCCUGUCUCACAAGUCACCUCGUGCCCAGCGCCUCCUGUCUCACCUCCGCCACCCGGUGUGCCUGGAGCUGGGAGUCGUGCUGUGGCUCCUGCCGGCCUUGUCCCUGGACAGGCUCCUGCUGGCAGGGACUCUGUCGACCUACCUGGCCCUGGCACACUCCCUGGACAAACAGGAUUUAGCCUACCUCUGUGUCCAGCUUAAAAGCAAGAUGCAGCUCUUGUCCGAGCCACACCAGGGCAGCGCCGACACCAACGACCAGUCCAACAGCAAUCACAAGGAGAAGUGAAGUUACAGUCUUCUUACUGCUGUGAUGUGACACUGCUGUCUUAAUAUUAACCACAAAUAUUGUUCUGAAAGUGACCGGUUAUCUACUGUGCUUUGACCACACUCAAACUGAAUUCUUUGCAACUUGACACUGUAUUUUUUAGAAUUUUAUUUUCACUACAUGUGGUUACAGAAAGGGAGAGUUUUCUUACAAAAGGAGAUUUUUUUAUUCCACCAUUUUAAAACACAAACAAACUCUGAUAAUGAGGUUGUAUCAGUUUUUUAAAACGUGGCUGGUGUUACAUUGAUUUUUAUAUUUGUUCAUCAUUGUAUUUUAGAUAUUACACUGUUACAUACCAUGUGACCACUGAGAUUUCACACUGGCAAAACCGCAGCUUUAUUUUUACACAUUUUGCAGCUAUAAUGAAAAACAAGCCUCAUUGCAUUUCCAAGAUUAUGAAUGUAUUUUCUUUAUAUUGUGUCGGGGACACGUCAACAGACCAAUUACAUUCCACUGGAAUCUGAACAAACUGAAUAAAGUUGGAAACCGCUUAUUAGCAGAGCGACCAGUAUUUUUCUAAACAGGUUAUUAAUUCUUGAUCUUCAAAGUACUGUAAUCUUUGAUUCAACAUGUAUGAGUUGUCCCAUGUCUGCAUUGUGCCCUCACUGUAAUGACAAUAAUAACUGUAAUGUAAUAAGCUCUAUACUGUAGGUGUUUUGUACUGUUUAUAUCUUCUUAUCAAGUCUGUUCUUUAUUUUUAAGUUGCACCUGUUUGAGAAGCUGCUGUUGUUAUAUUUGCAUUCAUUUAUAUGAACCUUUCAUUCAAA